UAUACUAACACUUUGUCUCUUUUGAGAAUUAGCAUAGGUUACCUUGGUGAUAAGGAUUCCACGUCUGCCAUUUUGGAUCGUGAAGGGUGGUUGAGAACCGGGUAUCUUUGUUAUAUCGACAAGGAUGGCUUCGUUUUUGUUGUUGAUCGGCUGGAAGAGCUUAUUAAGUACAAAGCCUACCAGGUUCCUCCUGCAGAAUUGGAAAACCUGCUUCAGACACACCCAGAUAUCGAUGAAGCUGCAGUUAUCCCAUACCCUGAUGACCAGGCUGGAGAAUUGCCUAUAGCAUUUGUCGUUAGAUGCUCUGGAAGCAACUUGCAAGAGAAGCAGAUCAAAGAUUUUGUUUCUAAACAGGUAUAUGCUUCAACACAGUAGUUCUACGGUCCAUGAAGUGUAGCAGUGGCCCUAAUGGUUAUCAGUUGCUGCGCAGGUUGUGCACUAUAAGCAAAUACACCAUGUCUACCUUGUGGAUUCAAUACCGAAAAAUGCUGCGGGUAAGAUUUUACGGAAGGACUUGGUAAAGCUAGCACGCAUCAGAUUAGCUCCAAGCUAUAGUGUUUCUGUAUGUGGCCAGCGUAAAGAGUUGCCUUGUGAUGUCUCCCUAACUGUAUAAAAGAAACAGAGAUACACGAAUAGUUAUUGGAUGAUGACAUCCGUGCUUGGAAAUCGGGUACCAAAUACCAAUAGUUGU